AUGGAAGAUCAAAGAGCAGUGUUUAGUUCCAUACCUUCGACGCCUGAUCAGUUGGCUCAACAGUUUGAAGAAUUGUCAUUUCAUUACUUACCCCGAGCUAAAAAUCAGUUUGUCGACGCAUUGGCUACCCUUGCCUCCAUGGUUGAUGCCAGUCCUGACAUGGUCAUCAAGCCUUUGAAUAUUCAGAUUCAUCAACAACCAACUUAUUGUUGCAAUAUCCAACUCGUUGCUGGCAAGCCAUGGUUUUGGGAUAUUCAAACUUGGUCAGAAAAGGAAGAAUACCUCGAAGGUGGCUCUAAGUCUGAUAAGAGGACUCUCCGAGAGCUAUCGAAAGGCUAUCUCUACAAGGACGACAUUUUGUAUAAACGAACAUGGAAUCAGGAACAUCUCAGGUGCGUAACUGAACGAGAAGCUCAGCAGAUAAUGGAGUGGGUACAUGGCGAAGAAGAAGGCCCCCACAUGAACAGAAUGGCUCUGGCCCAUAAGAUCACUAAUUAG